AUGCCUCGACAUAAGACCGUCGAAAAUAAAAGAUAUUUAAAACAAAUGAAAGAACUUAUUAGAUAUUCGAGAAAAAAGAAAUUGUUAAAUCCCACACAGAAAAAUAUUUUAAAAGAACGUAAAGAACGAUUAAAUAAACUUAUUUAUAACCCUCCUAUUCCGUGGUAUUGGAAAGAACCCAAAUUUCUUAAUAAAUUUGAGUACGAGACAUAUAUGGACGAAAUGUCCGUCGUCAUUAAUCAUUGGGCUAUUUGUAAUAGAUUCGAAGAAUAUUAUAAUGACGAUAAAGGGAAAACUGGAUACGUCGACAAGACUUCCCGAGAAAAUCAAUAUAUUUAA